CAACGUCGUCUCACAGACGGUAUAAGAUCUCGAAGUGGGCGCGCGAAAGAGAAAGCUCACGACUGAAAGAAACAUAAAAACACCUUUAUUUAAAACCUUACUAUAAAGCCUAUCAGGAUGGACCGUGCCUUCUAUACUGCCUCUCUCGACAAUGGUGUGAGCAUCGCUUAUACUGAUACCAAGCCUGAUGGGAAUGAGAAAGGCGUUGUGGUCUUGAUUCAUGGUUUCCCUCAGACUUCGUAUCAGUUUCGAAAAGUCAUCGGUCCUAUCUCCUCAGCUGGAUAUCGGGUGAUCACCCCAGAUUACCGUGGAGCUGGAUACUCGCACAGAACUCAGACAGGCUUCACCAAGACCGCCAUGGCGUCUGAUAUCUUGCAGCUUCUUGACCAUCUCUCUAUCAAAGAUUCAGUCCACAUUGCCGGGCAUGAUAUUGGCGGUAUGAUAGCAUAUACCUUUGCCUCACGAUACUCCGACCGUACAGCAUCUGUCAUCUGGGGGGAAUGUCCCCUCCCAGGAACUCAAGCCCACGAGGACACAUGGAAAAUACACGGUGUUCAGCAUUUCCACUUCUGGUUCCACCAAGUUCUCGAUCUCCCCGAAGCUCUCGUCUCAGGCAGGGAGGAGAUCUACCUCGGCCACUUCUACGACAAAUACUCGUACAACUCAUCAGCAAUUACCCAAGAGGACUUGAACUACUAUGUCAAAAUGUUUAGUCGCCCCGGUGCUCUCCGCUGUGGUUUUAAUAUCUAUAGAGAGUUUGGGACAGAUUCAGAAGAAAAUCGCGAGUGGGUUGCCAAGAAUGGAAAAUGUAAAGUGAGGGCGUUGGGGCUUAAUGGCGGGAUGAAUCAGUUCAGUGAGAUGGCCGAGCAGAUGAUGGGGGAAGUUCAUGAAAAGGGCACUUUUAGUGUUGCUUCGGUGCCUGAGAGUGGACACUGGAUUGCAGAGGAGAAUCCUGAAGGGUUUGUGAAGGCAGUGCUCGAGUUUGUUGGAAAGGAGUAGAUAAUGCUUGGGAUGGUGAUUGAUAAUGAGAGAUUGAUAAUCUUAUCGAAACGAUCAGCAGCCAGGCGUACUUAACGUUACACUCUCACAAGAUCUUCUGCUUGUCUUUAGAAGAUACCAUUAUAACAGAUUAUGGUUUCAAACAAAUAGCAUCAUCAUAUUUCUCGUAUCAAGGGGCC